CACCGUUCCAAGUGAUGGGAUCCAGCAAGGCGCCGCAAAAGUAUAUUCAUAUACAACUUGUUGUAAUGAAAAUUCAAAAUGAAUCGUGAUUAAUCUCUUACUUAUACGAGUAGAUCUUUGAAGCCAUGAAGAAGACACAUUAUGACACAAGCAAGUGGAAAGAACAUCCAUUGAAUCCCAAGGAGUGCAACGAAAGCACUGUCGACUGGAUUUUUUUAGUAGACUUGUUAAACUUUUCGUUUUGGUCCGAGAUCGACAUUGACGACACGGGUGUACCCCACCCAGAUCGUUAUCGAGUUACAUUCGAUGGCAUUGGAUAUACAGGUUACUGGUCCAUGGUAGCUGCAAUCAACCGAGCGUUACAUGAAGGUAUUCCAAUCACAACACCUUCAUUCUACGCUUCACAAGAAAAGCUACCAGAUGAAGAAAUAAAGAGGAUUUUCAGGUCAGACACUAUCGAACAGAUUCCUCUGCUGCAAGACAGGAUCCAUGUUAUACGCGAGGCUGGUCGGGUCCUCGUUGAGAAAUUUGAUGGAAGUUUGAAGAACUGUAUUGUUCAAGCAGACAAAUCAGCAUUGAAACUGGUUGAUAUCAUCACAUCCAACUUUUCUUCGUUUCGUGAUGAGACAGAAUUUUGUGGACGAAAAGUCCAAUUUUAUAAACGCGCCCAAAUACUCAUUGCCGAUCUUUGGGCCUGUUUUCAGAAUAAGAGUUACGGGGAGUUCUAUGAUAUUGACGAGAUCACGAUGUUUGCUGACUACCGUGUCCCUCAAGCAUUGUAUCAUUUUCACUGCCUACAAUACUCACCCGAGCUACUGCAGAUCCUCAACCAGGGGCAGUUGCUCCCUAAUGGAUCACCAUUGGAAGUUGAGAUCCGAGGUAACUCUAUUUGGGCUGUUGAGUUGAUCCGUCGCAGAAUAUUGGAGCUAAUCCAAGUGGAGUUGGAGCAAGCACAGGCACGGGUAACAACUGAAACGCAGGAUAUGCCACUACCAGUCAUGAGGGCCGUAAAUGCAAUUUUGAUCGACUUCUUUAUCUGGGACUUUGCUAAGGCGGCACAGCUCAAUUUGACAUUGGGUCAGAGGCCUGUCAAGGUGCACAGAACACGUUCUAUAUUUUAUUAGGCUAUAGACGUUAUAGAUGUAUGCCAGACAGUUUACAAUAGAACAGGGCCCAUUUUGUGAGCAACUUUAUG